AUGUCCUUCCUCCCACCGGAGCUAAUCUUCGACAUUCUUUCACGGCUUCCGCCCAAGGAUUUGAUGCGAUUCCUCUGUGUUUCCGAAGCUUGGUAUGCUUUAAUCCACGACCAAAUCUUCAUCAAAGCCCAUCUCCAGCGCUCCAUUGAAACCAACUCUGCUCCUCUAACCAUUUUACUCAGGAAAUUUAGUCCCGAAUGUCCUCCAUCACAUUUCUUUUCAUUGUCCUUCAGCGACAACGAGACGAUCGGGACAGCCGUGAAAACCGAGCAGCCGCUGAAAUGCCCUGACGAAUACACUGACAUUUUAUUGGACUACUCUGUUCAUGGUCUGGUUUGGAUUCACAACGAUGACGAGAGCGAUAUGGCUUUGUGGAACCCUUCAAUUCAAAAGUUCAAGAAGAUUCACGUCCCGAACUUUGAACCGGAUGCAUCAUCAUCUUCUGGUUCAGAGAUGGAGCAACGAAGAGAACCAAGGGACACCUGUUAUGGCUUCGGGUAUGAUUCUGUUCAUGAUGACUAUAAACUUGUGCAAAUUUUCGAGUUCGCAAAUGAAGGAAGAAUUGUGGGUUCUCAAGUUCACAUUUAUAGCCUAAAAUCUAACUCAUGGAAAAGGAUCCAAGACAUGCCUUGGAAUUGUUUUGGAAUUCAUCACGAUUAUCUCAUGUUUUGCGACGGUGCUCUGAGUUGCCUCGUUUAUAACAGGUUAUGUACAAAUCAGGUCAUAAUUCUAACCCUUAGUCUCGCCAGUGAGAAAUAUUGCCAGUGUCGCAUCCCGGUCCAUCAUCUGAGUAUUAAUGAGUCUAGGCUGAUUUUGACGGUCUUGGGCGACUGUUUAUGUCUUUGUGAUACUUUUUUGGAGACCCAACAUGAUGUUUGGAUUAUGAAAGAAUAUGGAGUCGCAGAAUCUUGGACCCUGCUUUAUUCCAUUGAGGGGGGAGAUUUGCCCUGGUCGAUUGAUUUUAUGUGCGUACCUUUGGUGUUGACAAGGGAUGGUGAAAUGGUUCUCUUGUCGGAUAACAACACUACGUUUUUUUGGUAUGAUUUGAAGGGGAAGAGUUUUAAACGAGCUCAAUUUCAUGGUCGGCCCUAUUUAUAUGAAAUGACAGUUGUUUGUUGGGGGAGCCUUUGUCUUCUUGAUGGCGAUCCUGUUAUUGCUGAGCCUGAGACUGAGAGGCAGCAGAAAGUCCCCACUACUUCUACGAAAAGCAAAUAUUCAAGCAGCGAAGACGAAGAAACGUAUGAUGAUUGGUACUAG